AUGGCAAAAAAGAAUAAUAAAAAGGAUAAAGAAGCUAAAAAAGCUCGUGUUGAAGAAAAGAAUAAAAAAAAUUUAGCAAAAGCUGAAAGAAAUACCAAGAAAAAAGCUAAAAAAACUGGUGAAAUUGAUGAAGAUGAUGUUGAUAUUGAUGAAAUUUUAGCAAAUUAUAAAAAAGAACAAGAAGCUUUUGAAGCUAUAAAUAUUGAAUCUGUGGAAAGACCUUCUAAAAGAAUUAAUUCUUCAAUGGUUGCUAAUCCAAAUCAUGGUAAAAAGGAAUUAAUUAUAUUUGGUGGUGAAAAUACCGUGGAUAAUAUUUCUGCUUUUUAUAAUGAUUUAUUUACUUAUGCCCCAGAUUCUGAUCAAUGGAGGAAAAUCACAUCAAGGAAUAGUCCAAUGCCUAGAUCAUCAGCUGCUAUAGCGGCACAUCCAAGUGGUGUUAUCUUAUUACACGGUGGUGAAUUCUCAAGUCCAAAACAAAAUACUUUUUAUCAUUAUUCUGAUACUUGGUUAUUAGAUUCAACAACAAAAGAAUGGACCAAGAUUGAAGAUAAAAAAAAAGGACCAUCUGCUAGAUCUGGUCAUAGAAUUACUAUAUGGAAGAAUUUUUUCAUAAUGUCUGGUGGAUUCCGUGAUUUAGGUUCUUCAACUUCUUAUUUACAUGAUCUUUGGGUAUUUGAUAUUACAAGUUAUAAAUGGACACAAAUUGAAUUCCCACCAAAUCAUCCAAUUCCAGAUGCAAGAUCUGGUCAUUCUUUGAUCCCAGAUGCCGAUGGUGCAUUGUUAUGGGGUGGUUAUUGUAAAGUUAAAGCUGGUAAAGGUCUUCAAAAGGGUAAGAUUUUAACAGAUUGUUGGAUGUUAAAAAUGAAGAGUGAUUUAUCUGCAAUUAGAUGGGAAAGACGUAAGAAGCAAGGUUUCCAACCAUCACCAAGAGUUGGUUGUUCAAUGGUUCAUCAUAAAGGUAGAGGUGUAUUGUUUGGUGGUGUUUAUGAUUUUGAAGAAACUGAAGAAUCUUUAGAUUCUUUAUUUUAUAAUGAUUUAUUUACUUAUCAAAUUGAAAGUAAUAGAUGGUAUUCAUUAUCUUUAAGAGCACAAAAGGCUAAACAACAAAAAAUUAAUAAAAAACAAAAUAGAGAUGAAGAUCUUGAAAAUGUUUUAAAUUCUAUUUUGGAGAAAGCUAAAUUAAAUGAUGAUGAUCAAGAUGAUGAAGAUGAUGAUGAAAUUGAAGCAGAAUUGAAAAAAUUUGAUGAAUCUGAAGAAGAAGAAACUGAUAGUGAAAAGAGAGAAUAUCCAAUAGUGAAUAGUUUACCACACCCUAGAUUUAAUGCUUCAACCGCGGUUGUUGAUGAUACUUUAUUCAUUUUUGGUGGGGUUUGGGAAUUUGGUGAACGUGAUUAUUCUAUUGAUAGUUUGUAUUCUAUUGAUCUAGCUAAAUUGGAUGGUUUGAAAAUUUAUUGGGAAAAUUUGAAACCAAUAGAACAUGCUGUUAAAGAAGAAGAUGAAGAUGAAGAAGAUGAAGAAGAAGAUGACGAUGAAGGUGAAGAUGACGAUGAAGAAGAAACUGAAGAUAAGAAAUUAGUUGCAGAAGAAGAAGAAGAAGAGGAAGAAGAUAUAAUAGAAGAAGAACCUGAAAUUCCAGAUCCAAGACCUUGGUUACCACAUCCAAAAGCUUUUGAAUCUUUAAGAGCUUUCUAUGUAAGAUCAGGUGCACAAUUUUUAGAAUGGGCAAUUUCUCAAAAUAAAGAUGCUCGUGGUAAACAUUUAAAGAAAAAAUCAUUUGAUUUAUGUCAAGAUCGUUGGUGGGAAAGAAGAGAACAAAUUCGUAUUGAAGAAGAUAAAUUAGAAGAACUUGGUGGUGUUGAUGAAGUUAUUGAAAAAGAUACCACUAAAACUACAAAAACUAGAAGAUAG